AUCUGCUUCUCUCAUCAAUUUUCAAGCAUCUAACUGCAACAUUCAAGGAGUUAUUCCUUCUGCUUUUGGAAAUUUGAGCAAUUUACAAACUUUGGAUUUAUCUACGAAUAAUCUCACAGGAUUCAUCCCGGCAACAAUGGGGAAGUUGAAGCAACUAGGGAAGUUAAACCUCUAUAAUAACCGGCUGGGCGGAUAUAUCCCUCGUGAUCUUUGUCUAAUGAGUAAAUUGAUGAACUUGGGCUUGCAUGCCAACAUGCUUGUAGGUCCGAUACCAGAAUGUUUGGGGGAAGUUAAAUCUCUAAGAAUGGUCACAAUGAACUCGAACAAGCUGAGUUCCACUCUCCCUUCAGAAAUCUUUGGUCUUGCAGACCUCAUAUAUUUGGACUUGUCUUCGAACAAUCUGAGUGGUCAACUUCCGUAUAUUGGAAGGUUGAAGGCUAUUAACGAGUUAGACUUAUCCUCUAACGAGUUUUCAGGUUCUAUUCCUGAAUCAAUCGGAAAUUUGAGCAAUUUACAAGCUUUGGAUUUAUCUAUGAAUAAUCUCACAGGAUUCAUCCCGGCAACAAUGGGGAAGUUGAAGCAACUGGGGAGGUCCGAUACCAGAAUGUUUGGGGGAAGUUAAAUCUCUAAGAGUGGUCACAAUGAACUUGAACAAGCUGAGUUCCACUCUCCCUUCGGAAAUCUUUAGUCUUGCAGACCUCAUAUUUUUGGACUUGUCUACAAACAAUCUGAGUGGUCAACUUCCGUAUAUUGGAAGGUUGAAGGCUAUUUACGCGUUAGACUUAUCCUCUAACAAGUUUUCAGGUUCUAUUCCUGAAUCAAUUGGUGGAUGUGAGUCACUUG